AUGGCGUCCACUCGCUGCGCUCAUCUCCUCACCAUCUCCAUUCUGCUGCUACUACUGUGUCAUCUAACACGCGCAUUCCCACUGCCAUCACCACCUUCUGCGUCGUCAAGCGCCGCCUCCCCGUCGCCUCCUCCUCCGGUGCUGCCGCCACUACCGCGAGGCCUACCACGGCUCAUACCGGCGUGGUCGCUGCCCGUGAACCCGUUCACGGCGAAGGCGGCGUUCAUCCGGUACUGGAACCGGAAGGUGCGCGGCAACCGCCCGCACCCGGCCUUCCUCUUCGCCAAGCUGUCGCCGCUGUCGGUGCCGGACGCGGCCACCUUCUCCACCCUGGCCUCCGCGGGCAAGCUCGCCUCCCGCAUCCGAGACUUUUGCGCCGCGGCGUCCCUGCUCUGCCCGUCCACCCCCGCGGCGUCCUGGUCAGCGGCGUCGUCCUCGUCCGUGGACGGUGCCGCCGGCGGCGUGGCGGCCUCCUCCUCCGCCGCCGGCGGCGGCGGCGGCGCUGCCUCCGCCGCGCCGUUCAAGAACUACGAGAACGGCAACUUCAGCAGCUACGGCAACAGCGGCGGCGGCGGCUCUGACCAGUUCGCGGUCUACUCCAGCGGGAAGAGCGGACCCGUUGACUCGUUCAAGCAGUACGGCAAGGGCUCGCUGGGCCGGAACGACUCCUUCGCCAACUACGAGGAGGGGGGAAACGUCGGCACCUCCAGCUUCAACUCCUACACCACCGGAGCCACCGGCGGCGCCGGGGAGUUCGCCGGGUACGCUGGACAGACCAACACGGUGGCGGCGACCUUCGCCACCUACGACAACACCGGCAACGGCCGCACGCACGAGUUCACGGCCUACUCGCAGGACGCCAACUCCGGCGUGCAGAGCUUCACCGGCUACGGCAAGACCGCCAACGGCGCAAGCGAGUCCUUCAAGACCUACGGGAACAACUCCAACACCGUCGCGUCCGGCUUCAUCAACUACGGCCAGAAGGCCAACGGCUUCAACGACACGUUCGCCUCCUACGGCCUCGACGGGAACGCGCCCCAGAACACGUUCCGGAGCUACGCCUCCGGCAGCAACGCCGGCAUCGACGAGUUCAAGGCGUACAGGGACCAAGCCAACGUCGGCGACGACAGCUUCACGUCGUACGCGAACAACGCCAAUGGCGCGGCCGCCGACUUUGACAGCUACGGCAAGUCGACCAACCCCGGGAGCGUGGCGUUCAAGGGGUACGGCCAGGGGUCCAACCCCAACCACCGCAUCGGCUUCACGCAGUACUCCGGCGAAAACACGACGUUCAAGGCCUACUCCAACGAAGGCGUCGAGUUCAAGGAGUACCAGAACAUGUCAAAGAUGGAGGUGUCCAAGACGGCCGCACCGGCGGCGACGACGGCGCCUGGGCACCGGCUGCCCAAGUGGUCGCCGGAGCCAGGGAAGUUCUUCCGGGAGCGGGACCUCAUGAUGGGCAACCGAAUGCCAAUGCCGGACAUCGCCGACAAGAUGCCGCACCGCGCGUUCCUGCCGAGGGACAUUGCCACCAAGAUCCCGUUCGAGGAGAACGCCGUGUCGGCGCUGUUCGGAGCGCCGCCGGGCACGGCAAUGAGGCAGGUGGUGGCGUCGACGGUGGCCGAGUGCGCGCGACCGCCCAGCCAGGGCGAGACGAAGCGGUGCACGACGUCGGCCGAGGACAUGCUGGACUUCGCGGUGGAGAUGCUGGGGAGCAACAUCGCGGUUCGCAGCACGGAGUCCACGGCGGGCAGCGGCAGGGACGUCCGGCUCGGCAAGAUCACGGGCAUCGCCGGCGGCAGCGUGACGCGGUCCGUGUCGUGCCACCAGAGCCUGUUCCCGUACCUGGUGUACUACUGCCACUCGGUGCCGCGGGUCCGGCUGUACGAGGCGGACAUCCUGGACGUGGACUCCAACCGGAAGAUCAACCAUGGCGUGGCCAUCUGCCAUCUCGAGACGUCGGAUUGGAGCCCCAAUCACGGGGCGUUCAUGGCGCUCGGUGGAAAACCUGGUCAGAUUGAGGUCUGCCACUGGAUCUUCGAGGGAGACAUGGCUUGGACCCUUGUUGAUUGA